GCUUAUCCUUGGGUUUAUCUCUGAUUAAAAAAAAAUUUUAUUAAGAUUAAAUUGAGAUAAUUUUCGAAAUUUUUGAAAAAAAAUCUUUUCUUUACCUUUGAAUUUUAUUAUGAGGAGUUACUCUUUAAAUUUUUUUAAAUACUCAAAGGUUACUAGAUAAAUCAAAAUCAGGUAAAUAUUAUUGCGCCAAGAAGUUAUUCAUAAUUAAAAGCGUUAAUAAAUUAUAAAUAAAUAUUAUGCUAAUGUUUUACGAAUUAAAGACAAGUUAAUAAAUUGGCAGAAUUAUAUCGAUAAUUUGCAGUUGAAAAUGCGUUAAUAAGUCAAAUAGAUUAAUUAAAAUUGUGCUAAUGAUUAAGCUAAAAGUACUUUAAUAAGUUAAGACUUGAAAUGUUAAUGACCGAAAACAAGAGCAAGAUAUACAGUUUGCUCGCAAUUUUGUUCUUGCUCACACCGCGAAAAAUGAGCGCGGCAGGUGAAAGUGGCGACGACAAAGUAAGAAGACCCGUCUUUUUUCAUUCUUACGCGUCGUCAUCCUUCGUCCGGAAGAGGAAAAUCCUUUCACACGGCGACCAACAGGAAAAACGCGAUCGACUGAUUGGCGGCGAUGAGGAAAAACGAGCGAUGAGAGGAAGUACUAGCGCAAUAAAUCGGAGCCUCGAUUGUAGGCGCAUCUCAGUGCGUCAGCCUGUUCUUCAUAUUUCACACGUACUUCUCCGCGGAACGACAGAGUCGAAAUGACGUCACGCGUCGGCGAAUUGAGAAUAUUAUGGCUAUUGCUCACCCUGACGGUCCUUCUCGAGGGCUUGCCGGCGAUCAGAAAGGUCAGCAAGACUCCAGCCGGCUUCCGAUAUUCCCAGGAUCAAGAUGCGGAGGCUACGGGUCAUGGAGGCGGUGACAAACAUCGCGAGGAGGGUGCUGGCUCAAAGCACGACGAGGAUCACCACGACACGCACGGCCACAAGGGUGAUAAGGGUUACAAGGCUUUCCAUGAGUCCGAGAAAAGCGACAAAGGGCAUCACGACAAAGAGAAGCACAAGCUUGAGUACAAUACGGAAGGAGGUGAGGAGAAAAAGGAUCACGAUGAAGCUGGACAUUAUGGUGAGGAGCACCACGGUGAGGAGGGAGAGAAAAACGCGAAGUUUGGCGAAGAAGGCAAGCAUGAAAAAGGAUACAGUACAAAGGGACAACAUAGCGUCUUUAAGAAGGAUGAAUAUGAGAAGAAGCACGACUUUUAUGACGAAUACCAUGAGGAUGGAGGAAGCGAAAAGCACGGUGGAUGGCACGAAGAACACGAGGGCAAGAAGGGUGGCCACGAAAAGAAAGGUCACUUGCAUUCGGGACACCACGAGGGUCAUCACGGUGCGGAAAAGAAACGCGAAGGGGGCCAUCAUCAUCACGAGAAGAAAGGUCACAAAUCGGCAGAGGGACACGACAGUCAUCACGAACACGAUGAAAAACACGGCCAUAAAGGCGGACAUGCAUCAGGGCACAAAUGGUCGAAAUCGAAUCAUUGACGAGACACGAAGAAACUUAUUUGUACAUAAUCGUCGGAUGUAUUUUACUUACAUCCAUGUUGUCGAGAAUUUUACCAAUAGAGAAAGGUGGUAUGAUAUAGAGCGGCGUACAUCAUGCGCAUUGAGUUCAUUAAGAAGAUUUGUGAUUACAAUAAUAAUUUUAUUCUUGUCGUCGAAUAACGUGGCAUACAAACUUGCCGCUAGAUUUUCAUAUUUAUGUAGUGCAUAAGUUUCAUUUGAUGUAUAAUAAAUAGAUUUAAAUGUAAAAAUAUGUAUAAAUAUAUAGUCAUCUACCUAGAGAAUGAGAGAGUAUAAUUUCUCAAACAAAUCUCGAACGUCAUGCUGUUAUUUCUUUUUGUCGACAUCGAUAGUUGAGAAAAGUGAAAAUCUUAGCGUAAAACUAGUCACGCUUCGGCGCUUAUUGCACUGUGCGAAUUCUAAUGCAGACGUAUGAUAUCGAACCUUACGAGUCUUCGUCUUCUUCGACGACUGGAAUUAACUAACGACUAAAUUUUCAAUUUUAUUUUAGCACGCUUUUGUAAUUGCAAUAACAUAAUUUUAUUUUUAAAUAUUAUUAUAUUAGCUCCAAAAGUUAUGACACGUAAAUUCAGGACACUCUGUAUAUUGAUGUUUAUUAACGCCCAGAUAAAAGUAGAUUACUCGUUUUCGAAAGAGAUUAUUCAAUCGUAAUUUAAUGGGUUAAUAAAUUCCUGCAAAAUCCAAUUUCGCGUUUCAAACCUUGGUUGAAGCACAUAGAUAUUCAAAUAAGAGUAAUUAAUCUCAAGUUGAUUAUGUAAUCACAAGUGAAGUGAUUAACGAAAGAGGUAAACUACACCAAUUGUGCCGUGAUAAAUUAGCAAUUUGUGAAAUAUAAAAUAAUAAUAAAGCGUAAUAUAAAAAUCUUUACAAUAAGAUAUAAAAAAUUUUUGAAAUUCAGCGUGUUUAUAAAAUAAUGACAUAAUAAUUAAGCGCAUGAUAUUUUGAUAGUAAAAAAUUUCUAUUAUUGUAAAGAUACAUAUUACUCGUGUUGAAAUUAUUUUUGCGCUAUUGCGAAUCUUGAUUCUAUUUGCAUUAUUGCUUUGUAUUAUCAUCGUUUCCAUUAUCUAGUAUUGCCGUAAUUAAUGUAUGUAUGAGCGAUAUAUAUUGACAUAGUAUUCGGAACGCGUAGUAUAUAAUCUCGCUGUAAUGUAGGCAUAUUACCGAGAGGAUUGAUCAAAACGUAAUUGUGCCCGAUGGCCCUAUUUUCUGCUGAAUUUACCUGACUACCAAACUUACUCUGGCAAUCGAUUAUUGUGUAUACAGUCGAUAUCGCGCUGCAGUGAUUGGUUUGACGCUUAUCCUUAAUGCUUACGCAAAUUUAUCUAGAUAUAGCCAAUUAUACCUCAAGUUGAUCGAAUUUAUGAUCAGGCGACGCAAACAA